CUCGCGAAUAUUGUGUGGUUCUACCUAGUUUGGGACGAUGGCAUGGGCCGGGCCACAAUCCAAACAGCCACAUUGUACGGUCACUGUCAGGGGGAGGGAAGAAGAGGCGAAGAAGACGAACAAGUGAGAGCUAUGAGAUUUUGGAUUUAGGGCUCCCGGAGAUAAGAGGAGGGAGGAGGGCAAUGGCGCAGCAGGGAGGCGCUGGCGAAAUGUCGCCAGUCCAGUUCCGGGAGCUGGACGACGAAUUCAUGCAGAAGCAAGCGAAGGUAUGGCUAGAAGCUCUUUUGGAGGAACGAUAUGGUGGAGAUCGGAGCUUGGCGGAUUUGCUCGCCGAUGGAGACAUACUGUUUCGAGUUUCCAAGCUGUUCAAGGAUCUUAUACGAAGCAGCUCUGGAGGGGAUGCCGCAUUUCCAAGGCGGCCUUCCUCGGAGCUACCAUCAAACGAUGCAAAGGGUGGACGAUAUCUCCCAUACUCUCACGUUGAUUCAUUCCUCAAGAUUUGCAAGAGAAUAGGCCUGCCCGAUGUCGAUCUCUUCACUCCCCCGGAUGUUGUGGAGAAGAAGGAUAUCAGAAGGGUCUGCUUUUGCAUUCGAGCUCUCUCCAAAAAGGCUCGCGCUCAAAGUCUGCCGGUUCCAGAUUUUGAUAAGGUAGCUCACGCAGGUCCCAUGCCACCGACGGACAAAGUUGGAGGUAUCCGAGAGCAUUUGCAACAAGCAGCGGUGGCGAGCUCCUCUCCAGACUACAAGUCUCCACGGACUUCUCAGCCGAUUGGCAAAGUUCUAUCGUCUCCGAGUCUCGCCGGCUCGGCCUUUAUGGAAACGCCACCCUCGAUCAAGCAGCAGGAAAGCGGGACUCCCGUAGAGCUCCAGCAGCAGGAAAGCGGGACUCCUGUAAAAUUCGAGGACGAAACCGCAUCUUCAGAGCUUCAAGAUGAGGAGGAUAAGCAGUCGACCUCAGUAUUGUCAUCGCAAGUGGACGAAACUGAGGAUGACGAAGGUGAUAACAAUCCCGAGCUUGUGGACGAGGAGAGAUGUGGUGAUCGCGCGCCGCCGCAAGUCGAGGAUCAACAAUGCUGCUCCGUCCAGGCAAAAGAGAAAGAGCCGCCGAGUUCCGUGCAGCGAAAUGGAAGUACUGGGUUUGUUCUUCCUUUGGUGAUUGGAGCAGUGGCACUGGUCGUGAGUGUUCUGGCAGUGGUAGCAGUCAAGCGGCCGAGGAAAACUCGCGGCUACUAUGUCGUCAAAGAGGGUGAUACUCUGGCCAAAAUCUCCCGGACCUGUGGAACUGGGCGAUGGACGGAGCUCGUGGACAAGAAUCCGGGCCUGGCAUCAAACCCGGAUCUCAUUUACCCCACUGACAGACUCAAGCUAGCGUAGAAACAUCAUCGACGAAAGAGAAUGUGAUUCAUCCUAGAACCCGAAAAACUAGAGCUGGAGUGGAUCGAUCGAUCGACCACCAAUACAGGAAUAAGAACCGAGAGAGGAAAAAAGAAAAGGAAAAGGGAAGAACAGUAUGAAUGAGCUGUGGGUGUCAAACUUCACCUCGUGUGUUCUUCGCUAAACUUCUUUCUUUCACUCC